CAUCCCAAACCUCUCAUUACCGAAGUUGCGCUGAUGCUAAUGAUGAGGCAAGGACCCAUAAGCCCCCACGUCAUCCAACUAUAUGAGUGGUUUGAGCACUCUCAAACGUUCACUCUCAUUAUGGAGUAUCCGGAUCCCUGCGAGAGCUUGUUGGACUUCAUCAACAAUAAUCCUAACAUGAAUGAGACAACAGCACGGCUCAUCAUGUGUCAGGCGGUGCAAGCAGUACAGCACUGCAUUGAGCGCGGGGUUUUUCAUAGCGAUAUUCAUCCAGAGAAUAUCCUGUUGAGAAAACACACUUUGGAGCUUAAGUUGAUAGACUUUGGCUGUGGUCAUCUACUUAGUAGUAAUGGCUAUGAUUGCAGCCAAUAUAGAGGAAUACAGGCUUACUUCCCACCUGAACUCUUCAUCUAUGGCAAAUUCCACGCAGUCUCUACAAACGUCUGGGCUCUAGGAGUGUUGUUGUAUGAGAUGAUGAACACAUGUUCUCCAUUUCGCAAUAUAACUGAAAUCACGCAAGCCAAAAUUAGGUUUGAAAACCCAGAUUUAUCUAAAGAAUGCUGUGAUCUGAUUGUCCAGUGCCUAACCCGUGAUCCAACUGAACGGCUGACCCUCGAGCAGAUCUUGCAGCAUGACUGGUGUAAAACAGUGGAUCUAAAAUGA